UCCUCAUUGAUAUAGGCGAACUAAUUGAUAAGACUUUAAAAUGUCUCUCUAUCACUCUCUUAGCCUUUUCCUCCUUUUCUCUCUCUGCCAUGGCUCUUACAGUCUCCAACCACGUCGAGUUCCUCAUCUAGACGGGCUUCUCCCAAAUGGAAACUUCGAGCAAACCCCUCUCAAAUCAAACAUGAAGGGUCGACAAAUAAUCGGCGCUAACUCUCUUCCUCACUGGCAAAUCGGCGGCCACAUGGAGUUAGUCUCCGGUGGGCCUCAGCCCGGAGGAUUCUAUUUUCCGGUCCCACGUGGAGUCCACGCGAUUAGAAUAGGAAGCUUGGGGACUAUCUCUCAGGACGUGAGAGUGAAGAGUGGUUUGGUCUACUCUCUCACGUUCGGAGCCACGAGGACUUGCCCUCAGGAUGAGAACAUCAAAGUCUCAGUGCCUGGUCAGGCCAAUGAGCUUCCGAUCCAGACCGUCUUUAGCUCCGACGGUGGAGACACUUACGCUUGGGCUUUCAAGGCAAUGUCCGAUGUGGUUAAGGUCACUUUCCAUAACCCUGGUGUUCAAGAGGAUCGCACGUGUGGACCUCUCUUAGAUGUUGUCGCUAUCAAGGAGAUUCUUCCUCUCCGGUAUACCAGAGGAAACUUGGUGAAAAACGGAGGAUUCGAGAUUGGUCCACACGUUUUCGCUAAUUUCUCAACCGGAAUCUUGAUUCCGGCAAGAAUCCAAGACUUUAUCUCUCCUCUUCCGGGAUGGAUCGUCGAAUCCCUUAAGCCAGUGAAGUACAUCGAUAGACGUCAUUUCAAGGUUCCUUAUGGACAAGGCGCCGUAGAACUAGUCGCCGGAAGAGAAAGUGCAAUCGCUCAGAUCAUCCGAACCAUCGCUGGUAACGCCUACAUUCUCUCGUUCGCGGUCGGCGAUGCGCAAAACGGUUGCCACGGGUCUAUGAUGGUGGAAGCGUUCGCAGGAAGAGAGCCAUUUAAGCUUCCUUAUAUGUCAGAAGGUAAAGGAGCGUUCAAAACAGGACAUUUUAGGUUUGUUGCUGAUUCAAAUCGAACGAGGCUAACAUUUUAUAGUGCAUUUUAUCAUACUAAGCUUCAUGAUUUCGGCCAUCUUUGUGGGCCUGUUCUUGAUAGCGUCGUUGUUACCCCGGCCCGUUAACAAAUUAUGGCUCUUAAUUUUUAUCAGACUGAAUGUUUAUUCUUACAAUAAGAAGAAACACGAUUUGUAAGGAAUUGGUGGUUGCACUA